UCUGUGUCUGUGUUCAGUCAAAUGCUCUCCCUAGCCAUGUGAAGAUCACCGUCUCCAGACAGACGCUGUUUGAAGACUCCUUCCAGCAAAUUAUGGCCCUGAAGCCUUACGACUUGAGGAGGAGACUCUACGUUAUCUUCAGAGGAGAGGAGGGUCUUGACUAUGGAGGCUUAGCCAGAGAGUGGUUCUUCUUGUUGUCCCAUGAAGUGCUGAACCCCAUGUACUGUCUGUUUGAGUACGCGGGCAAGAGCAACUACUGUCUGCAGAUCAACCCGGCCUCAGCCAUCAACCCGGACCACCUCUCCUACUUCUGCUUCAUCGGCCGCUUCAUCGCAAUGGCACUUUUCCACGGCAAGUUCAUCGACACAGGCUUCUCUCUGCCUUUCUACAAACGCAUGCUGAACAAGAAGCUUAUCCUCAAAGACCUGGAGUCCAUCGACCCAGAGUUCUACAACUCACUCAUAUGGAUCAGGGACAACAACAUUGAAGAGUGUGGUCUGGAGAUGUACUUCUCAGUGGACAUGGAGAUCCUGGGGAAGAUCACUUCUCAUGACCUCAAACCCGACGGCACCAAUGUUCUAGUCACCGAGGAGAACAAGGAGGAGUACAUCGG